UCAUGCCAGAAUCAACAACAUCAGUCUCCAAACAAAACAUGUCAGAGUAUACACCUCAUGCAGUAGAGCUGGAGACGCCUUCGAGAUCUUGUGUUGACGGCAGUCCGCAAGCGAACUUGGAUAGCAAUCCUGUGCAGGAAGCCCGUCGAGAGAGUCGAUUCAGCACUCUUCGAGUCGAUACUCGUGUAGCAGAGCCUCCCCAGUCCGGAUCAAGAAGAGUAUCACCGUCUGGAACAACAAGUGAGUCGCCGGCGUCGUCGACAUCAAACCACAGUCGACAAGACUCUACUGCAUCAUACACACCCUUGCGCAGUGCCAGAGGAUCACUUUCGUUAGGUGGAACCGCCCAUCAUUCAGUCCUGUCGCGGAGAUCAUCGGUGUCACAAUCCGGCGUCAGCAGAGAAGCGUUGGCACUACCGCUCGCAAACACGGAUACACUUAUUCUCGUGCCGGACGCAGUAGCAAACAGGUCACCGUUGAGUACGCAGACAAACGCAGAGGGUGCCGAGAUGACAGAGAGCCAGACACGGCAGAGACCAGCAGAACCUAGGCCCACCUCUCGUCGACGAAGGAUGUGUCGUCAACACCGAGAAAUACGUAACACGUCAAUCAUGACGGGCAUACUCUGUGUACUUCUUGUGAUAGCAUUGAGCAUGUACGUGGCAAUGGCGAUACCNAGAGUCAACGACAUUCCUGCCAGCGUCCAUGUCUUCAUAAUUGGGACGUUCGUUGUGAUAACCGGCUUCAUUCUUCUCUUCUCAGUUCGUUUGCACAAAGCCAUUGGUCGACAUAAGAUGGACAAGUCUCAGAGUGCAGGUGCUCGAGACGGACGUUCAACGGCUGUUCGACCCACAGAGACGGAGGAGAGCUUGAUUCCGAACAGUCCAAUUAUGGUGCAGUACGAGGCGGAUGAAGAUGUCGAGAGAGCAUCACAGGAUUCGAGGGUCAAUGUUCGACCUCCACCGCCAGCGUACGGCAGGUGGAGAGGCAGCUAUCGCAUGGAUCCUGAGCUUUUGCAUUGGAGACGAGUAGGUGAUGUUGAGGAGGGCGAGCAGCGCAAUAGCGUGGACACGGCGCCGCCAAUGUAUGCUUCUCCGCUGAGGCCUGUUCGGACUAGGCAGGACGGAGUGGUGGGAGUGACGGAGAUGGUCGAAGUCGGUCGGGCGUGC